AUGGUUCCUAUACGACUUCUAUUCCUGUUGCCAUCAGUUUUUUCGUUAAAUGUGAUCAUCUACAAUGUGCUGUUCUCCCAUUCGCAUACCCGACAGAUUAAUUUACUGGCGGAUGUGCUGGCGAAAGACGGACACAACGUGACGAUGAUGAUGUCAAAUGCAAUGGAGUACGGCACAAUCCAAAAACCCGAUAACGUCGAAAUUGUGUGGAUUGAGCAAAGCCCGGCCAUGGAAAAACUUAUUACACCUGAUGCUCUGGACAAUUUUAAUAAGCAACUAUGGACGACGGAUGCGACACCGGGUGCUGGUUUUGAGAUUUUCGCCAACUUGACCCUACUAUUGUCAUACCAAUGCGAAGCAGCAAUCCUCAAUCCGGCAGUAAACGCCCUACGUCAACGCCAUUUUGACGUUGGUAUCAGCGAAGCCUUCGAUUUUUGUGGAUUUGGCCUUCUUGAAAUGAUUGGUGUGAAAACCUGGGUCAGCUGCACAACAUCCAUAACCCUCGACCACCAAGCCUAUCUUCUUGGUGUCCCUCGGGCUCCUAGUUACGUUCCAGCCGCUCUCGGAAAUACAAACGAAAAAAUGACCAUCACCCAACGGGCCGCAAACGCUGUGUCUUCCAUUGUUGGUCAAUACUUGUUCCUACAAAUUGCUGAUAACCAAACUAUAAUUUUCCAGCGAUUAGUGGGCCCGAAUUUUCCUACAAUGAGGGAAUUAGUAUCCCGCUCAGCUCUCCAUAUUACAAAUUCCAUUCCGCUUCUCAAUUUCCCGCAACCAACUUUGCAUAAAGUGAUUGAUGUCGGAGGAAUUGGGCAGAGCAAGCCCAAAACAUUGAGCAAGGAAUGGGCGGACAUUGUGAAAAGCAAGCCAACUACUGUACUUAUUUCCUUUGGAUCCAUCGUUAAAUCUUCGCAUAUGGAUCCCAAACAAAAGGAAGCAAUUUUAGACAUGGCACGAACAAUGAAGGAUACUCAAUUUAUCUGGAAAUAUGAAGAAGAUGACUUAACUAAUGUACCUUCUAAUAUGUAUGUCUCCAAAUGGACACCACAAGCUGAUCUUUUGGCUUCUGGACAUAUUAACCUAUUCAUCACACAUGGUGGAUUGGGUAGCGUCACAGAAUUAGCUUUCAGCGCUAUCCCCGCAAUCGUUAUACCCGUAAUGAUGAGUGAUCAACCAAGAAAUGCUGAAAUGUUGAAAAGACAUGGAACUGCCGAAAGCUUCUCUAAAUUUGAUUUGGCUAAGAAAGAUAAACUUAUGGAACUCGUUUCUAAAAUGAUCAAUGACCCAAGCUAUAAGGCACGCGCCGAAGAACUAGCUUCUAUGCUAAAUCAUGUCCCCUUCAAACCCCAAGAAGUGCUUCUACGAAACGUCGAAUUUGUGGGAAGGUUCGGUUCAUUGCCCCAGCUCGCCCCAUAUGGCCGUGAACUCAGCUUCGUUCAAUACUUUUUGCUUGAUAUCGUUUUCAUUGCGCUUUUUGUGGUCGUAUUCGUACUUUUGCUUGCAAUGUCGUUGUCAUGGGGAGCGCAGUAUCCAAAGUUGAAGGCGAAUCUUCGGCUGUCCAUCAAUCGGAUGAAGAUGAUGGGUAAAAAGAAGACGGAGUUGGCAAUGAAGGCUAGAACCGAGAUUGCUGAUUAUAUUCUUGGCCAUAAAGCAGACCGUGCCCGUAUUCGUGUCGAACACAUCAUCAGGGAAGACUAUCUUGUCGAAGCCUACGAACUGCUCGAGAUGUACUGCGAUCUUCUGCUUGCUCGUUUUGGCCUUAUCGAGCAAAUGAAGACUCUGGACGAUGGCAUAGCCGAGGCUGUGAUCAGCAUCUUAUGGGCAGCACCCCGUAUCACGACUGAUAUCCCUGAAUUCAAGGUGAUCUCUGACCAACUUACGCACAAAUAUGGCAAGCCGUUUGCCGAGGCGGCGCGUGGAAAUCAGCUUGAGGCACCAGCGAAGGUUUCGCCGAAACUGAUCGCCAAGUUGGACAUUUCUGCUCCGCCGAAGCCACUCGUCGAACGGUAUAUGAUUGAGAUCGCCUCCGCAGCCGGCAUCGACUUCAACCCAGAUCCGGAUGUUAUGAGAGAAGACGAGGUGAACCAGGCUGAAAAGAUGCUGAUCGAAUUUCACAAGAAGGGUGGCGGCGGAAACGGCGGCGGCGGUGGUGGAGGACAAGUUGUCAGCCAGCCAACACCACAAAAUCAAGAUGGUGCCUACGGAUGGAACUUCGGAAGUGGUGCUCCCGCACCAGGUGGACCUCCUCCACCUCCUCCAUACAACGGCGGCAACAUUUAUGAGGUACCGUCUACGUCGCCACAAUAUGAUGUGCCCCCUGGAAACGACUACAAUUGGCCAGCGCCUAGCCAGCAAGGAGCACCCGGUGUCAUCCAGCUUCCACAAAUUGGGGCGAAUGGACUCCCGAUCAACCCACCAUCUGGACCACCUCACGCUCCUCCGCCUUCGGCCUAUCCAUUUUUGAGCCAGCGGGGAUCAACCGUCAACCCGAUGCCUCCUGGAAAUGCAUUCAACAAUCCGUCAGCGCCUCCGCAGACUGUCCACAAGCCCGAGGGUCCUCCGCCCAGUGACUUUGGUGAGAUGUCUUCUCCAGCUGUUUUUGGUGUCGUGAAGUGGCGUGAAGGGGAAGACGAGGGCACCCAAUCCGAUGCUUUCGCUCGCGAUGAUGAACAUAUUUAUGCUGAAGUGCCUGUCGAUCACGAAUACCAGUCGCUAGCCGAAUUGAAAUCCACCAGCCAGCCCCACAUCACGGAUUCUAUCGAUAUCGAGCCGGCUCUACCAUCCAACGUCAAGGCGACGCAAACGGACGACCCGCUUCCUGCUCCGCGUUUCACCACACCGCGCCCUGAGCAACUAAUCGGUCUCCCACCACCCGGCGCAGGAGAGCGCUACGUCAUUGGACCGAAUGGUGUACCAAUACUCGUCCGCCAGAACGCUUUCGAUGCAACUACACCAUCCGAAUAUCAAAAUGACCCUUCGUACCAACCCGGCGGCCGAUAUCCAUGGAUCGAUUCGGGCCAGAAGACCCUGGAAAACUUUUCCGAAGGAGAUGCAGGCCUCGGCGAUUUGAGCUUCCCUGAAGUGCCAACAGGUGGGCUGCCAAGUCACAAAAAUAAUGGCGGUUCGGGAGGAGGAGCUGGAGGUGGCGGAAAUGAUCUUGACUUUGAUGAUUUGGCCCGUCGCUUCGAUCAGCUCAAGAAGAAG